AUGGACGAACCUUUACCUUUCCGCUUAGUUGGAAGGACAGUAGGCAAACCGAUAUUCUUUUACAGGGGUCUCACUCUGAAUGAACUAUUGCAAAUCAUUGAAGAAGAUGAUCACAAUGAAGUUGAUGACGAAAUAUCGCUUACAAUUAUGCCGCCCAAAAAUUCUUGCGAGGAAGUUACUGAUGAAGAUUCAGGCGAUGAAGAUCAUUUAGAUAUUAACAAUUUGCCUGGAUCGCAACUUCUAGCCGAGGCAGAAAUUUUUGAACCUAAAGUUGAAGAAGAUGUUAAUAUUUCUUUAUCAAGCGAUUCAGGUAGUGAUGAUAAUGAAGAAAAUCUGCCAUUGUCGGAUGUAAAACGUCUUCUGAAAAACUCCCAACAUAUAUAUGUGAAGAAAAAUUAUGUUUGGAGAAACCAAGACUUAACACCUAAUAAUAUAGAAGUUCCAAAACCACAAAUUGUUCAAAAUGAAAAUUCGGUUAUUGAAUUGUUUUCGUUAUUUUGGGAUGACGAAGUUAUAGAUUUAUUUGUCUACUAUUCUAAUAUUAAUUUACAUUGCUGUGAUAACACGAAUUUAGACAAGACAGACAGAUCUGCCAAAGUACGAUUAUUGAUAAAUAGAAUGAACAGUUUAUUCCAACAGUAUGCACCAGUAACUGAAAAUCACAGUGUGGAUGAAGCCAUGGUGCCUUAUUAUGGUCGCCAUGGCUGUAAGCAAUUCAUACGUGGUAAACCCAUACGUUAUGGGUACAAAUUAUGGACAGGUUGUACCAGCAAAGGGUAUGUUAUUUGGGUAGAGCCGUACCAAGGUGCCAAAUCAGAAAUAAAGCCCUGUUAUAAGGAACUGGGUUUAGGACCAUCUGCAAUAUACCGACAUAAUCAAUUCUAUUCAAAGCUUUCCCUAUCACAUUUUUUGCGACAAUUUCUUUACGACUAUACCACUUCUGAGUGA